AUGCGUCUAUGGUACUCAUUCCUGCUCCUGCUCCUGCUCCUGCUCCUGCUCCUGCUCCUGCUCCUGCUCCUGCUCCUGAUCUUGAUCCUGAUCCUGAUCUUGAUUACUCUGUCUUCCUAUUCCCGUCUCUCUCUCUUGUCUUUGAACAACUGCAAAUUGCCAUACCUCCUCGCAGCUUCCUCCCUCUCCCUCUCCCUCUCCCUCUCCCUCUCCCUCUCCCUCUCCCUCUCCCUCUCCCUCUCCCUCUCCCUCUCCCUCUCCCUCUCCCUCUCCCUCUCCCUCUCCCUCCUUCUUCUCCUGCUCUUUCUCUCGCUUUAUCGCACUCUGACAUACAUGAUAGCUGCAAGAAACCCCAAGACGCAUGACAAAGACAAAAACGAUCACUUUGAUGGACCCGAGGUGGAAGAUGAGUUCUUCAGAGCCGGGAAGAUUGCAGUGCAACAUAAAAGGGAGAAAAUCGAGAGAGAAAACUCCAAGGGAAAUCCAAAGAGAAGAUUCAAGAAGGUUCCACAAGAGAAGCUGAAGUCAUCCGACCAGGAUAAAGUGAAGAUUCUGAUGCGGGAGCGAAUGAAGCUCAUGGAGAGCAUGUCGGUUGAAGAGGUUGAAGACAGAGUGAAACAGAGAAUUCUUGGGAAGCAACUCCCGGAAGACAAAAAGAAAAGCCCUCCUCCUCGUCCUCGUGGAUUUGGAUGA